CAGAUACCCACAAAGGAGAGGAGAAAAAGGCCAGGGAGUCAGGGAGGCAGUGUCAGGUUUCAAACUCCAGCCAGCCACUCAGAGCUCCGCAAUGUCAGGGACCCGCCUUGGGCUCCUGGUCUCUGUCCUGUGCUGGGUAGUCAGAGGCUAUCCUAACACCUCCCCACUGCUGGGCUCCAGCUGGGGUGGCCUGACCCACCUGUACACGGCCACAGCCAGGAACAGCUACCACCUGCAGAUCCACAAGGACGGCCACGUGGAUGGCACACCCCAUCAGACCAUCUACAGUGCCCUGAUGAUCAGAUCGGAGGAUGCUGGCUUUGUGGUGAUAACAGGUGUGAUGAGUCGGAGGUACCUCUGUAUGGACUUCAGAGGCAACAUCUUUGGAUCACACCUCUUCAGCCCUGAGAGCUGCCGAUUCCGACAGCGGACGCUGGAAAACGGCUACGACGUGUACCACUCCCCGCAGCACCGCUUCCUCGUCAGCCUGGGCCCCGCCAAGAGGGCCUUCCUGCCGGGCACCAACCCGCCGCCCUACUCCCAGUUCCUGUCGCGCAGGAACGAGAUCCCCCUCAUCCACUUCAACACCCCCCGGCCCAGGCGCCACACCCGCAGCGCCGAGGACGCGGAGCGCGACCCGCUGAACGUGCUGAAGCCCCGGCCCCGCAUGACCCCCGCGCCGGCUUCCUGCUCGCAGGAGCUCCCAAGCGCCGAGGACAGCGGCGUGGUGGCCAGCGACCCGUUAGGGGUGCUCAGGGGCAACAGGGUGAACGCUCACGCGGGGGGCAUGGGCGUGGAGAGGUGCCGCCCCUUCCCCAGGUUCGUCUAGGGGGGCUGGAAGGGAAUCCGUGGCCGCGCUGUCCUGAAAGCUGCACUGGAUCCGGGGGGAAGGCGGGGGUGAGGUGUGCGGGGGGGCUGUUUCAUUCCCCUUCUACCAGGAGGGCCUCGGGAAUGCGCCUUUGAGGCCUGGGUGGUGGCGGUUUCGCUGCCUUCCCCACCCCACCCACGCCACCUUUCUGAAUUUAGAAGCCCAGAAAGAUAAACUAAAAGUUUCGCCUUCAUUAAGAAGAGAGGGAUUCCCACCACCAGACCCAACCCCACCCGGAAGUUUCUCUCCCCUGUGCCUCCCUUCUUCGUCUAGCGUUACAAACCAAGCAAUGGCUUAGUGAGCUCACCGCUGCCAAGGUGAAGGGAAGAGCCAGCACCACUAGCUUCUCCACUGCUCGUGCUACAUUCACGUUACCUGCACGGGCCCUGUUGGCAUUUGAGUUUGCAACGCUGACCUAGGGCAUUAACAGCGGACCUGGGCAAACUGGUAACAAUCCUCAUCUCAGGCCUGCACCCUUCCCUAGAGCGUCUCUGGAAAAAAGCUGUCAAAAGGUUGAUAACAGGCUGGUGAAAACUGAACUAGAAUGUUUGGAGAACUGAGGCAAGAAAUCAAACUAGAAAAUUCAACCUCCCCACGGGGUGGGCACCCCUUGCUGGGUUCUUUCCCCCUCUGUGCAGCCAGAGCCAGAGGGCCCUGCCUGUUCCCAAGCGGUCCAUGAUACAGCCCUGCUUUGGCAUAGGCUCCUGAAAAUCUCCCCCGCUAGGAAGUGAAAAUCAGUAUUUUAAAUGGAAAUAAAUGGAAACUCCCCUAAGAGGCAUUUGAUGAAGCCUACUUCCAAGCUGAGUAGUACCGCAUUUGGGAUGACUUACAAAAGUGUUAACAGGGAAGGGGCCUUGGGACAACGGGACUGCUCGGGGUUGGGUUUUCUGUGGACUGGUAGGCUGUGUCCUUAUGUCUAAGGGAAAUGGUAUCAAGGGCUCAGGGGGAAGAAGUCCAAUAAUCAGGGGACCGAUGUGUAGGAAUUCCACAAAGACCAGGCUGCCAGUUCUUCACUAUAGUUGCCUCACUGCUCUGCAGCAGUGGCUAGAGUUUAGCUAAAACUCCCCUGGGCUGGCAGAGGAGUCCACACUGGGUUGGUGUCCACUUGCAAAUCCUGGGGGAGUGGGGGAGGGGGGGGUUGACUGAAGACAGUUUUCAGACCCAGGAAAAGCAAACCUCACUAGCCAGACGGCUGAGGCACCAGCCUGAUACUUAGCCUCCCCCUACACAGCCUUACCACCUGCCUCCGAGUCUUUCUACAAGGGGGCCCCAUGUUCCUACCUCUGCUCUACCCAACCUACCCAGCAGGAGGCUAACAAGCAGAGCAGACUUACAGCUUCUUCCCACUUUGUUUUUUUCCACUGCCAUCAUGCGCCCAGCCUUAGAAACUGAUGUUCUUUUAAUUAUGAAACAUUGGAUCACUGUUUUCACCUGAACUUGAAGGACUAGUACCCAUUCGGAAACACGAAAACUAUGCAUACUACUAUAUAGCAGUGCAUGGCAAAUAUUGUCUCAAUUUUCAUUUCCUGUUGGAGAACUUAUACUGUAUAAAAGCUAUUGGAAGCUCCCCGAUACUGACAACUAGAUGUAAAAUCCCAAAAGGACUUUGGUAGAAAACUGGUUGUGAUCUUCUAAACCCAAUACCAUUUAUUAGGGAUUUUUUUCCUUUGGCAGGAGCUGAGGCAGUCCCCACAAAUUUCUACGUUCCUUAGCAUGUGGCGAUAUUUAUUUAUUUAUUUGGAAAAUUUGCCUAUCGCUUGAUAUUUAUAUUUAUAAAAGUAUAACCC